AUGCGCGCGGACGACGAGGCGACGGCAAAGGCGGCGCUGUGCGCGAACGGCGAUCACGCGAGCGCGUGGAGCGUGCGACGGCGAUACUGCGAAGGGCGUGGUCGUUUAUAUGUAGACGCUCGUGCUCGUGGGGGCGAGGAAAAGUGGUUUGAGGAGGUGGUGAGACCCGAGCUCGCGUUCGUGCGCUUCGUGCAGAGUCGAUUUCCAAAGGCGCCGAGCGCGUGGGCGCAUCGAAGGUGGUUGCUCGCGCGCACGAUGCGGUUCGGCGUCGAGCUCGGUGAGGACGUGUACAAUUGUGAAAUCCAGGCGUGUGACGCGGCAAUCGCGAGGAAGAAGUCGAAUUACGCCGCGUGGUCGCACCGCGCGUGGAUUAUUCAAAUAAUGGGCGCCGACUCGUGCGCCGUGCAAACGGCGCUCCGGGCGAGUGAAUCGCUCGCGCGGCGAGGCGUGAGCGAUCAUGGGGCGUUACAUUAUCGAUCGCGCAUCAUCGAGCGGUAUCUCGAACUCAGACCGUCGGACGCAUCGAAAGUCUUCACUCGUGAACUUGAGUUUGUUCGCGAGCUCAUCGACGCGUUCCCAGGACACGAGACGCUGUGGAUGCACUAUAGGUACGCGUUCGCGGAGGCGGUGAAACGAAACAAAUUACUCGCAUCGGAUGCCGACUUUUUGGCGACCACAAAGCGAUUCUGCGAAAAGAGACGCGAUAUCACCGAGGCGUCUCGUGUGGAUCCAUCGUGGGCAGAACAUGCGGCGGCUUCGGAAUACCGAUUAGCGAACGCCCUCGACGUGUGGACGACACUCGUGGUCAAGCGCGCGCAAGGCCGAAGAGUGCACGUGAGUCGAGAGUCUCCGAACGAAGGAUUCACGGUCGAUAGCGAUUAG